UAUAAAACGCUGGAUUUUCAAGAAGCCCUCUAUGCUAACAUCAUCAUUGUCCACGAUUACUUGGCACAAUGACACUGGAUAAUUUCAAGGACGCUCGACUGAUGCUCGUCACUGUCGUUUACCUGAGCCUCUUCUUGGAUAAUGUAUUACUCACGGUGGUCGUACCCAUUAUCCCGGACUACCUGUGCACCAUUUCUGAGAAUUCAACGCUGCUGGAGGGAGAUGAGGAAGGCAAGAUUGGCUUUUUACUUAGCUCAAAGGCCUUUGUGCAAUUAAUUCUAAAUCCAGCUGUUGGUACACUCACUGGUACCGUUGGCUACGCCAAGCCACUGUUUCUUGGAAAUUUUUGCCUCCUACUUGCUUCAUUGUUAUUUGCAUUUGGACAGACGUACGAGCUCCUCUUCCUCGCACGCAGCAUCCAGGGAAUAUCAUCGGCAUGUAUUGGGGUAUCGGGUAUGUCCCUAGUGGCCUCCCAGUACUCGGAGGAGAGUGAGCGAUCGAAAGUGAUGGGCUUUGUGCUAGGGAGUAUAGCCCUCGGGGUGCUCGUUGGCUACCCCAUAGGCUCCAUACUUUACGACAUCGAGGGAAAAAUGGCACCUUUCCUCCUCGUCUCUUCUCUCUUAUUCCUGCCGAUAUGCUUGCAAAUGUUCGUUGGCGAUUAUAUACCGAAUGAAAAGAUGAUAGAGCAACCGGAGAGCAGAACUAGCUGGAUCAAGACCCUGACUGAGUGGAAAAUUUUAACAAUCACUGGCGCUAUUUUUUUAUCGACUUUACCGAUGGCUAUUUUAGAGUCAUGUCUACCCAUCUGGUUGAGAUCCUAUAUUAAACCAAAGAAAUGGCAGUUGGGCACAGUAUUCAUACCCGACAGCGUCGGCUACCUCGUGGGCACGAAUUUUUUCGGUGUAAUAGCUUACCGCUGCGGCCGUUGCAGAACCGCGGUGAUAGCCAUGUGUCUUGUGGGCAUAAGCAUAAUUUGCCUUCCCUCCGCAAUAUCAAUAUCCCAGCUGGUUGCCCCUCAUCUGGGCCUGGGGCUGGGGAUAGGGGUGGCUGACGCUGCCCUCGUACCACUACUUGCCAGCCUCGUCGAUCAGGACGGAAACUACGGGCCCGUCUACUCGAUACAGCAGGUCGCAGUCAGUCUUGCUUACUUCCUAGGUCCCAUUGUGGGGAGUGAAUUGGUCCGGACGAUUGGUUUCCCGUGGGUGAUGAGAAUCGUCGGUAUGUUAAAUCUCACCUAUUGUCCCUGUCUCAUAUACUUGGCGAUGGUGAGAAAUAAACAACCGCUGGGUGACAACGAAGACAACAGGAGAUACAACUCGAUCGUCAAGACUGCACCCAAGUACCAGAGGUUCCAGGAGUCAGACGAGGAUCUCUGAGAGAUCAGGAUCGGUUAUUUGCCAACGAAAUUAAUUCGUCUGGAAGGAACAAUGAUUGGAGCCUUGU